CGUGGUUUGUAUUUUGAAAAUAGAGUUCAAGGUCGACAACCUGCAAGGAAUUUGCUAAUGCAGUGCUCAGGUGGCAAAUGCCAAGAGCUUGAAGCUUGUAUUGGGGACAGGUGAUUUUUUGUACAUAUGGACAUUAAAAUAUAUCGUGAAAAUGCAAAAUCAAAGAAUGAAAAGGCCGCUCAAGCUCGGGAUAGUGGCGAUGGAAGUGCGGCACCCUGCACAAGUUCCAGUAUUGAUCAAAAACAGAAACUUUCUGGGGAUUGUGUAACAAGCACAUGUUCGGAAAGGUUUUGUAGAAUCUCCUGUGAGAUCGAUCUAAUCUCAGUUAGUCUGUUGGUUUUAAGUUUAGUCACUCGAAUGUAUAAACUGCAAGAACCGAAGUACAUUGUGUUUGAUGAAUUACAUUAUGGAAAAUAUGUGUCACUGUAUAUGCGCAAUACUUUCUUUUUCGAUUCACAUCCACCAUUAGGAAAGCAAUUAAUCGCGGCACUUGCUUAUCUGAUGGGAUUUGAUGGGACAUACAAAUUUGAUCGAAUCGGUAGUCCUUACAACGAGUCGGUUCCAUUAUUUGCACUACGUUUUAUACCUGCAUUAUGCGGUAGCCUCUUUAUACCUGUUACAUAUCAUUUAAUGCUCGAGAUUGGUUUAACUCAGUGGACGUCUGUACUUGCGGCCCUUUUAUUAUUGUUCGACAAUGCCGUUUUAACUCAGAGUCGUUUUAUAUUAAUGGAAUCCAUGCUUCUACUAUUUUCGACAUUUGGUCUUUUGUCCAUUUUAAAAUUUCGCAAGUAUUAUUGCGAGCAAUUUUGCAUUUUUUGGUGGUUUUGGUUGAUUAUAGGUUCAUUUUCGUUAACUUGCGCCCUUUGUGUUAAGUAUUCUGGCUUUUAUUCAUGUUGCUUGGCCAUUGCAAUCUUAGGGCGUGAUUUUUGGGUAUCUUUAUCUUCACCAAAAAUUACAAACCUCACUUUAAUUAUUAGACUGUUAAUACAAACUCUAGUAGGAGCUCUCAUACCUGUGAUCGUUUACUUGGUGAUUUUUUAUUUCCAUCUAACUGUACUGUAUAAAGCCGGCCCUCACGAUAGCGUGAUGACGAGUGCAUUUCAAGCAUCACUGGAAGGUGGACUCGCGUCAAUUACAAAAGGUCAACCACUAGUCGUCGCUCAUGGUUCGCAAAUUACAUUACGACACAGUCGUGGACGCACAUGUUGGUUACAUUCGCAUACGCACGUCUAUCCGAUACGAUACAUGGACAAACGUGGAUCCAGUCACCAGCAGCAAGUGACUUGCUACUCGUUUAAGGAUGUUAAUAACUGGUGGAUAGUUAAGCGUCCCGAUAAAAAUGAUCUUGUGGUCGAUACUGUGGAUACAAUAAAACAUGGAGAUAUAAUUCAAUUGGUUCACGGUUUAACUAGCAGGGCUUUGAAUUCUCACGACGUUGCUGCUCCAAUGUCUCCUCAGUGUCAGGAGGUCUCCUGUUAUAUAGAUUACAAUGUAUCCAUGCCGGCUCAAAAUUUGUGGCGAGUUGAAAUAUUAAAUCGUGACCGAUACGAUGAUUCUUGGUGUACAAUACACUCCUUGAUACGUUUAAUACAUGUAGAUUCAAGCCAAGCGUUGAAAUAUAGCGGUCGGCAGUUACCUGAUUGGGGUUUUCACCAACAUGAAAUCGUUGCAGAUAGAAUUAUCAACCAGGAUGACACAAUUUGGAAUGUGGAGGAACACCGUUACACAAAAUCGGAAAACCAAAAAGAUCGAGAACGGGAGAUGAUAAGUGCAGAAAUGAUACCAACAACACCGACAAAAUUAUCUUUCUGGGAUAAAUUCUUCGAACUGCAAUAUAAAAUGAUUUUUACCACAGUAUCGAGUGUACAGAAUCAUAUGUAUAGCUCGGAACCUUCCGAAUGGCCUUUGAUGUCACGUGGUAUUGCUUACUGGGUUGCAAAUAAUAGCAAUGCACAGAUACACCUACUUGGCAACCUAAUUAUUUGGUACUCUGCAACAUUCAGCCUUCUACUGUAUUGCAGUCUCUUCAUAUUUUAUUUAUUGAGACGUCGUCGACUAUGCAACGAUUUGGAUUCAAGCAAAUGGGAGAAAUUUAAAUUUAUCGGACAAGUUUUCCUAACUGGGUAUCUGCUACAUUACGUACCAUAUUUUUUUGUCGAUCGUACUUUAUUCUUACAUCAUUAUUUGCCUGCGUUUUGUUUCAAGGUUUUCUUGAUGGCAGGACUUCUAGAGCACAUUUACACAGUAUUUAUUGAUGUUUUAAAAGCAAAAUGGUUGGCUUACAGUUUUAUAAUUUUAUUGUUCAUUUGGAUAAGUUCAAUUUUUGUAGUUUUUAGACAAUUUAGUGUUCUAAGUUAUGGGGUAGUGCAGCUAACGACAAGCGAUAUUAUUGGACUUAGGUGGAGAGAUACUUGGGAUUUUAUUGUUCAUAAAAAUUAGUGUAGCAAUUUUUUAUACAGUAAUUUAUACAAAAAAUUAUUUUUUUACCAAUAAACAAUGGAAAGUAACUUUAUA